GUUGUUGCGUUUUGUUUUUGCUUGCGUGCGGUUGAUCCGCGGAUAGUUUUCCCAGAAAACUCGCAGAAAAAAUGCCAACUGAGGCGAGAUAAAAGGAAAACUGCCCACCGCCAAGUGCCGAAAGUGUUAACGAAGCGAUAGAAAGGCCUAGGAAAAAACGACAAGCGACAACAAUUAGCAAGCGAAUAAAUAUCGUUGAAUACCCCGAACCAAUAAUAAUAACAACAACAACAUCUGCUGCUGCUGCAACCACAACAAAAAUUUAACUCAAUUAAAAGAAAAGGCAACAUGGGAAAAUGCAAUUGAAAUGCAAAGAACAUUUAUGAAGUGCUCUGAUGUGUUUGCGUGGAAAUGGAGCGAUUUGUGAUUGCACCGUUUUGCUUCUUGUCUAGUGUUUUCCGCUGCCAGAAAAGUGUGCGCAGGAAAAUCGCUGACAAUUUGUGAGAAAGGGGAAGAGAAAAUUCGGAGAAAAUUCAAUACAAGAAAACAAAAAAAAAAAAAAAAACGUACAAAAACGCGGAAAACAAAAACACAAGAAAAAUAAAAGAGAGCGAGAGAGUGAAAGAAAAUAAAUAUCGUUUGUGUGGGUGUGCGUUAGUGUGUGCGUGUGCAAAAGGAGAAGAUCAAAGCGAAACGACAGAAAAACCAAAACAACACACUCAGCUGACUUCCUCUCUUACCUUCCUGCAUACACUGUCCAAAAAAAAAAAAAAGCGUUAAAUGCGAAAAUCAGCAACUGCAAUAGCAACGACUACUUCCAAUCGCCGGCUUUUAAACUAGUCAACAAAAUCUUCAAAUUCAAAUCAAUUCAAAAAAUACACACAUAUCCAAAAAUCGAAAGAAUAGCCAUAAUUACUACAACUGUAAUCAAGAAAGUUAUAUACUAAACUUAGUAAUCGAGUAACCGGAUAUAUUAACAUAAAUAAAUCACAAUGGAUUGGAUCAUCAACGAUGAGAUGGGCCUCACGGUGGGUCAUGUGGUGGGUUGGGCCGCCGCCUCUGCCAUGGUGAUCGGCGGCGUUAUCCCCUACGUUCCGCAGUACAUCGAGAUCAAGAAGACGCAGGACGCGGAGGGUUUCUCCCUAUACGUAUGCCUAGCCCUGCUGGUCGCAAAUUCGCUGAGAAUACUUUUCUGGUUCUCCAGCCGCUAUGAGCUUCCAUUGCUGGUGCAGAGUGUCGUGAUGAACGUGACCAUGUUCCUGAUGAUCCAUCUGUGCGUGAAGGUGAAGCGGGUUAACGCCAAUAACCGCGAGCACGCCCUACGAGGCGAUGAACUGCAUUUGCCCAAAGUGAUGACGGACACGGAUACGGGCGCCUCUAUUUCCACUGAAGCGGGAGGAAGCGUAUUAAAGCGCGUUCGCUCCCGGCACUAUCUCAAUGAUCUGGACUUUAAAUACUUUUGGAGCUGGACAGACUUCCAAUCGUAUCUGGACUUCAUGCUCGUCGUGUGGGCCGUUGGAGCCGCCAUAACAUAUCUGAUGCUGUCCGUGCAUUGGUUCAUGGAAUCCAUGGGCUUUGUGGCCGUCUUCACUGAGGCCAUGUUGGGGGCGCCACAAUUUCUGCGCAACUUUAAGAAUAAAUCAACAUAUGGAAUGAGCAUACACAUGGUGAUCAUGUGGACGCUUGGUGAUAUGUUUAAGACUGGUUAUUUUAUUGUUAGGAAAGCGCCAUCGCAGUUCUGGAUCUGUGGCACACUGCAGGUCAGUUUGGACAUUGCGAUCCUGUCACAGGUAUGGUUCUACCGUAAGAAUUCCAAGCCGCGAGACCUGCGCCGCGGCGAUUAGCAGUUUGCCCCCGAAGAACAGCCACAGCAUAACCAUCACCACGACUUACAUACAUCCCAUUCCGAAGAGCAUCAGCUCUCGUUGCCCGUAACAGUGAGCAGCAGCGGUGACGAUCAUCUGCUCACGGCUCGGGCGGAUGACGAGCACUUCAAGGUGCUGGACUUUGGUCAGUGCCACGAUAAUCGUGCGUUUCAAUAUCACAAUAAUAACAAGAUGUUGCCCAGACCAGGAGGCAGUGGCAAGAGUAAGGAUGAUAGCAGCAUGGCAGCUGCAUUGGAGGUCGUCAUUGUCCAUUCCCCGGCUUCCAAGGAGCAGAGACUGAUUGGCGGUCAGGAGGCGAGCGUCUGCUGUCGCAGAAAGCGAAAUAACGCCACCCAAACUAGAUUGGAGGGCGCCGGCAGUUGCUGUUGUGUGAUCACCACUCACCAUCACCACUGCCACUGCAAUCCCCACAGGCAUCAUCACCAUCAUCAUCAUUGCCACUACAGGAGCACAAAGAGGCGGGCUGUGCUGCACCAGAAGAGGAGUCACCACCAUCAUAAUCCGCAGCAUCUGCAAGUCAAACAGUCGAAUCACAAACAAAUGCUUCCAUCAAACAACAACAAGUCUUCCUUGGACUCCAGCGAGGAGGCGAUGCAUCAACAGGCCAUAGCCAUAGAAAUCGAUGCGGCCACGAUGAGCGAGGAUGGUGACGAGAACAACAGCAGCACGGCCACCUCCAAUUUCCCAUAUAAGGUGGCCAGCGAAGGCGUGAAACCCAUUAUAAUGGCUCCUCUACGUGAGCAACAUCGUCAUCACAGGAGGGGUUCGUUGAAUUCCAAUACCACCAUUGAAACCGAUGAACUGUCCCAUGACGAUGACGAUGACGAUGUGCGGAUGGGAUCUCACAUACCCGAGGAUGAAACUCAACUGACUCAGCCAGGCGUAACGAACAGUUCCAGUAGCUCCACGAAAAGGGGUAAUCCUGCCUCCGCUCCAGCGCGAAAUGAAUGUGUACGGAUCAAGAGAAAACGAUUUAUAGCUGAGGCUGGGCAGGAUUAUUGCAGCAGCUGUUCGAGUUCAUGCUCCUGCAGCAGUUUGGAUGAGGAUCUGGAGGCCCACCAUGAAAUGACCGUUUCGGCGGAGUGUCACCAAUGCAUUUCGGGUACCCGUAGAGCCAGUUUCUGCUCUUGUCAUAAUUCCAGCUGCUGUUGUGGCUCCUGUUCUCAGGAGGAUGAGGAAGAGGAGGAAGCGGAUGACGAGGACGACGAAACUACGGGCCAAAGGGAAAGUUUUUGUACAGCAGCCGACCAUACCAUAACUCCAUCGCAAGAGGGUGACGAUAUGCACAGUAGUACGUUGACGCCCCUCAGCACGCAUCGUUCUUCCUUUAUGGAGCAGGAUCAUGGAGAUCACACCAUGAGAAGUGAUAACGGCGGAGGCAACCUCACCGAUGCAGAUGCCUCCUCCCUGAGCCAGUCCGCGGAAUACUUUUCGCUGUCUUCCACCGCCGGAGGAGGCAACUCUUUUCCCAUCAAAGAAGAGGAUAAAAAGGAUAAGCUGGAGAAGAAAGAGGCGAAGAAUGUAAAGGAAAAGGAAGUGGAGCCACCGUCCUGCAAGCACUGGAAUCGCAAUCCCCAUGGCAAACACAAACGCGGCUCUUCUCCCGUGGACAAUUCCUUAUGACGAAGUGUCUCGCUGGUCGCCUGGCCAGCAAUCGAUGUGAAUGCCCUGCUGCAGCAGACCAUAAGGAAGUCGGCUGUGCUGCAGGAGACGCCAGUGCGCAGGAAAACCACUGCCAAAAAGUGUCCAGGAAUCGUGGGAAGUAAUGACUCCUCAACAGCCACUCUAACGGCCAGUGUGGUGACAGUGGCCAAAUAUCCAGGACCUGGACUAGUCAGCACUGUUACCAGUUUGAAUGGAUGUGGAACCACCUAUAGCUACACCACCACCACGGCUGCACCUUUGAAUCCUUCAGCUCCGGGCAGCAAGCAGAGAAACACCAAGUACUCGCCCGUACCAAAUUCCGAGACCUAUCAGUGCGAUCCACUGCAGCAGAGCUCGACGGAGAUCAUCUUAUAACUCAUACAAACAUACCUCUACGCCUUUGCCCUUUGUACAGUGCGAAACCGUAUAGGGGUCAAGGGUAAAGUUCAUUAGUAGGAAGGGAACGUAACACCAAAACUCGUGGAGAUCCUAGAAGUGGUUAGACGAAAAACCAAAAUUCAUAAAGCUGUUCAAUUUGUUGUUAUUCGGGGGUAACAAAAACCAAGAGGAAGAGAGAAAGUAGGAAAGGAGAAAAGCGCAGACAUAGUUUAUACAAAUUAGAACAUAAAACCAAUGUACAUUAUUUUUUAUGUGAGAUGCAUCAAAACGAUUAGCUUAAAAAGGUAAACUAGUUUCUAAUGUUUAGUUUCGGACUAUGUGAAUUUAAAGAAAAGGCUUUCAGCUGGGGAAGGGACCAAGCCAGAGUUGACAAAGCCAGUUAAGUUUUCCAAAAUCCACGCAAAGACAUAUCCACUUUGUGCAAAUUUCUAGCCAAGUUAACUUCCCUCAGCUCGGGCCUCGAACCUUGUUUAGAUUUAAACUUUAAUAAAUCUUCAUUGUUUUUUUCGUAACUUAGUCAAAUUCAUUUUAGUAGUCCUGUAAUUUCGAUUUGUAAAAUACCAAAACAAAAACUACAAAAUCAAACAUUAAUCUCGAUAUUAUUCUUAAAAGAAUUUUUAAUUUUAUAAUUUUCUAGCAGAAUUUAUUAGCUAAGAAUUGAUACGAAAAAAUAAACGAAACCCCAGCAAAAUUAUGAUUUCCUUUUGUUUUUAUUUUUUAUUAUUUUUACUUGAUUUGCCUUAUUAUAUAGCACAAUUCCCGAUCUUUAGCUAUAUUGUUCUAGAGUUACGCAUAAAAACUACUAAACAGACAAACAUCUUCCUUGCAAUUUUGAGAUUCCGUUGAAAACGUACACACAAUUUAAAUACGAAAAUUCAAUUUAAUUAUUAAGCCACGUAAAUAUGUAUUCAAAGUGCUUGAAAAUAUUUAAGAAAUAUUUAAAAAUUACAAAUAACCGACGGCGAGGAGAAUAACAUUUGUUGAUUAGUACGUAGCAGCUAUUUUCGAUUGUUUUCCUAUUGUACGAAUAUGGUAUAUGGGUUAUAUAGUAUCCUAACGAUAACCGAUCUGUUGCAAAUGCGCAGUAUUAUGUUCUUUGUGAAACCAUUAUCCAACUGUAACGAAUUACUUACCAAAAAAAAAAAAAAAAAAACAAAUCGAGGCAAAUACUCAUAAUCAAUUACAACUGUUAUAGGAACGGCAUUUCGAUUGUAGAAUCUUUUUUCAUAGCCGAAAUGGUUAAUAUACUCAUAUUACUGGUAUUUAUAUAAACAUAUUCUUAAGUCAAGAAAGGCCAUCAAAAGCAAUAAAACGCAAUCGACAAGUGGACAUUUAAUAACAAUAAUCCCACUCGUUUGCCACAGAAUUUACUUUAUUGGUGUUCUAGACAUUUCUCUUACAAAAUAAACGUAAACUAUGCGAUCAAAAUGGA